UGAAGGUGUUCGGCAGCAGGCGCCCCCAGGGGCCGCGGAAGUUCAGCAACCCUCGGGCCCCCGACGGUGGCGAGCGCCCGCGGCCCCGCUGGGUUACGGCCGGAAGGCCCGAGGCGCCGACUGAGCUUGGACAUCGGCGGCGUCAGUCCGAGACGGUGUCCCCACAAUCCUGCGGAGUUUAUUCGUCGCGGUAAGCUUCGAGAACGCGAAAGACGUCACGCAGAGCGAGCGACCAGCUGCGUUAAUAAUCUGACACGAGAGGGAGACAGCAUGAGAAGCCGAACGGCCCUGGCGGCUCUAGGCGCUGAGCCAGGCUGUGGAGCCUCCGCGGAAGAGGCGCAGGCCGCCAGAUGUUCGCGUGGGUGGGGCCGCCGGCAGAGCGGGUGACGACUGCAAGGGCCUUCGCGGCCCCGCCGUGGAGCAGGGGGGGGAAGACGAAAAUCCGCCCGGUUUUCGGAGGCCCCGGGGCAGCGGCCGCGACAGGGAGCAACGAACGUAGGCAGGAAGAGCAGCCCGCGGGGCCUAACCAGGCGCCCGCGAGCGAACUUCGCUGGAAGGCAGCCGACUUGGCGGGCGCGAUCCGCAGCCUGCGCGGAGCAGGGCCGAGACGACGGGGAUGGUCCGCCUCGGGCGCAGAGGCGCGCGCAGAAGAGAAGCGGCGGUGGGGGCCUAUAAUUUGGCCCCUCGCUCUAGUGCCUGGCUAGAGUAG